AUGCAGCGCAGCGUGCGCAUCAACGAGAGCCAGCUGUUGAUGCUAGCGGAGAAGGCGCGAUACGGUGAACACCUCUUCGGGCCGCUCUACAAGCGCACUUCCGACAACUCAAAGUGGCAGCUGCGCUGGUUCAACCUUUAUCAGAACCUGUUGUUCUACUACGAGAGCGAGUCGAGCAGUCGGCCCUCCGGCGUCAUCCUCCUCGAGGGCUGCUACUGCGAGAGGCUGAUAGCGGCCACCGCCAAACCCAAGGAAACCGAACCCAAGUACUGUUUCUCCAUCACCUAUCGCCGGGAGAACCAGCGGCAGUAUGACCUGAGGGCCAACUCUGAGAUGGACUGCAAGUCCUGGAUGGACGCCAUACGACAGGCCAGCUUCAACAAGCUGAUGUUGGCAAAGGAGGAGCUGGAACACAAACACUUGCACCUUCUGCAGAUCGUGGAAAGCGAGAAGACAGCCAAGUGGCAGUACACACAACAGUGCGAAGAGCUCACCACAGAGAUAAAGAAACUUCGGAACGAGCUGUGCACCCUGAAGAAGGACUGGAGAUUUUUACCGAAUCAACAGUCAGAAGAAGGUGAAGAUUCCGAUGAGAUACGAAAAAUAAAGAAGGUGCAGAGUUUCUUUCGUGGCUGGCUCUGUCGAAGGCGGUGGAAACAGAUCGUUGAAGAGUACAUCAAAUCUCCACACGCAGAAAGCAUGCGCAAACGAAACAGCCUCGUGUUUCGGAUGGUAGAAGCCGAAGAAGAGUAUGUGGAGCAGCUAAACAUCCUGGUGACUGGCUUCCUGAGACCUUUCAAAAUGGCGGCCUCCUCUAAAAUGCCGCCCUGCAGCCACGAGGAUGUGAAUACGAUCUUCCUAAACUCCGAGACCCUGCUGUUUCUGCACCAAAUCUUCCUCAAGGGCUUGUCGGCGAGAAUGGAAAGUUGGCCGACGCUGGUGCUUGGUGAUCUGUUCGACAUGUUGUUACCUAUGCUCAGCAUCUACCAAGAAUACGUUCGAAAUCACUAUUGCAGUCUCAAGGUGCUCUCCGAAUGCAAGCAGAACCAGCAGUUUUCGACGUUUCUGGGCCGACUGGAGGCCAAGUCCACCUGUCAGGGCCGCACGCUGGAGACCUUCCUCACCUACCCCAUGCACCAGAUCCCGCGCUACAUCGUCACGCUGCACGAGCUGCUGUCGCACACGCCACAGAACCACGUGGAGCGCCGCUCUUUGGACGAGGCGCGUCGACAGCUGGAGCAGCUCAGCAGGCAGAUGCAGGACGAGCAGGUCAGCGAGGCGGAGAGCAUGCUGCGCCGGCUGGCGGUGGAGCGGCUGAUGUCGCACGGCUGCGGGCUGCUGCACGAGCUCGCCCAGUCGGCCCAGGCCGCCCAGCCGGCUGCGCGCACCCAGCGGUCCCGCUCUAUAUCCGACUCGGGCGCCGGCUCCGUCACCCUGUCGCCGUCACCGUCCAUUACCAACCAGUCGCGCUCGCUCUCCUGCUUCCACCUGGAAACACGCAAGGUGUGCUCAUCGUUCCCGCGCGUCUCCAUCGACUUCCCGCGCGACAAGAAGGAGUUGUUCCUCUCGGAGGACAGCGACGAUCCGUGGAACAAGGCGGCUGGCGCGCGCCGCGAGCGCAGCCACAGCACGGUCAGCUGCCAGCCUUCGCAGGAGAUCGCUGCCGCCCUGCAGCGACACAGACACUCGUGCCAGAUCUUCGGCAGGGGCGACGACGAGGACAUCCAGCGCAUCAAGAGUCUGCGCAAGUGUUCGGUGGGCCCCUACCUGGCCGUGCCCUCUGUGAUGAUCAGUGACGCCGCCGUGCCGCCGGGGCCCUCCUCGUCGCCCAGUCUGCGCUCCAGCAUUUCGUCGCAGCCGCGAACCCCGCGCGGACGGCGCUCCAUCACGUUUCUGGACGCGGUGGCGUCGCAGCCGCUCUGAGACGACGGGAAGCGACGCGAGCCGAACUCUCGUCAAUUAUUGAUGCACGGCUUCGCGGUGAGGCGAUAUAAAUGCUCAGACACGUGGCGUGUGGUGGUUUUGGCAGCUGGUGAACUGCGCUUUAGGACCGUGCUUCGUUUUGUGGAAGCCGAGAAGACUGAACUGAAAGAGGAACUCUUUUUUAAACCGAAAAGACCUAUUGAGGUAACUGCUCGCUGGCUGACGUGCGCACAAAGCGCAUCGUAUAAUGCAAACAGACGAACAGUUGAAAUAAGUAAUAGGCAUUGUUAAAAGCCGCCGUCAGCGGGGACUAUUUACCAUUAAAAUGUCAGUCGCAGUGGCUUAUGGGCAAUGAUAUGGCUUCCUGACGCUCGUACUGACGUCAAAUUGUUUCAAACUGUGUUGGUAAAUUUCGAGCAGCCGUUGGAAAGGCUGUGUUAUGAGUCAUUUUCACAUCUUGCCAAUUGUCGGCGGAAAUUUCGAGUGGUGACGACAGGUUAUAGGUCAGCGAACGUUCUCAUCAUCGACGUCGAGCUUCGUGUCAGUCGAGUGCUUAUGAACAUUGUCGUCGAAUGACAGGCUUUGUGGAUCGUUACCGGCUUUGUGUCAACAGCAGGUCGCCGUGCUCGGCGCAGCUGUAAAGCCAUUGGCCAUCGAUCCAGCCGAUAUGAACGGCAGUUCACAAUGACCAUACCGGCCGACCACAUAGUUGCUCAGAACAGAAUGUGGUCG